UGUGCAGCUUUCAGUUGACCGACGACAUACAAUUUUAGUUUAUUUAUCUUUACAUUUAAAUUUAAACACGGCGUUUGAAAUUCUUAAUCAAAUUCAAAUGUAAAGACUUUUUAUUCUCUUCCUCAAAUUCCAAAUUCCAAAUUCCAAAUUCCCUGCGAUUUUUACUGCUAAUUCUUCAACUCCAUUCCGAAUUUCUCAUAUCAAAUUUCUAGCAUGGCUCUGCCUCCAUUACCAAAUUCAACCAAGAACAGUAUUACACUAACAUUAACCCAGACAAAUCAGAUAAUCAAACAAAUUUCUUCAUUUUCUGAAUGUAAACAUACUUCUAAGCUUAUGUACUCUAAUUUGAGGCGGAGAAUUAAGCUUUUGAGCCCUCUUUUUGAUGAAUUGCUUGAUAGAGAUGAUCAACAACUCCAAUUACUCACUCUUGAUCAGCUUCAAGCAUUUCAAUCUCUUCUAACUGCCUUAAUUUCAGCCAAACAGCUGCUCAAAUGGAUUCUGGAAUCCAGCAAACUCUAUCAGGCUGUGCAAAAGGAAAAAAUCUCAAUGGAGUUUCUUCACAUAACAGGACAAAUUGAAGAAGCACUAAGUAAGGUUUCUUAUCAUAGGCUUGAUUUAUCAGAGGAAAUUCUUGAACAGAUUGACCUUGUUCAUGCUCAACUUCGACGAUCAAAAGCUAAAGCAGAAUCCUCUGAUCUACAAUUAGAGACGGACAUAAAAGCGGUGCUGGAAAAACCAGAACCUGAUGCUGCAAUUCUUAAAAGAUUUUCACGAAACCUAUAUCUUCUGACUAUGGAUGAUCUGCGGAAAGAAUCACUUGCCUUUCAUGAAAUGAUCAUUACAAGCAGUAGUGAUCUUGGUGAUUCAUUUGCGAUGAUCUCCACCCUAUUUAAGAAGCUUAAUGACUAUCUGCUAACUGUGAAUCCAGAAAUUGACAUGUAUGAUAUUGAUAAGGACACGAUAAAGCACAGAUCUCCUGUUAUACCAGAUGAGUUCCGUUGCCCUAUUUCACUUGAGCUAAUGAGAGUUCCUGUUAUUGUCUCAACCGGGCAGACGUAUGAAAGAUCGUGCAUCCAGAAAUGGAUUGAUGCUGGUCACAAGACAUGUCCCAAGACACAACAGACACUGUUGGAUACAACAUUAACACCAAAUUAUGGUUUGAAGAGUCUUAUUACUUUGUGGUGUGAGACUAAUGGGGUGGACUUGCCAAUAACGCAAGGAGCAAGCGCAAACAGGAAAACUGGAAAUCCUGCUUCCAACUGUGACAAACCAGAUAUUGGUUCGUUGUUAAAUAAGCUAGCCAAUGGAAACAUAGAAGAGAAACGAGCUGCUGCUGGGGAGCUCCGGCUGUUGGGAAAAAGGAACGCAGACAAUAGAGUAUCUAUUGCGGAGGCUGGAGCCAUACCACUUCUAGUAGCACUGUUGUCUUCAUCUGAUCCUCGGACGCAAGAACAUGCUGUCACAGCACUUCUUAAUCUUUCGAUUAAUGAUACGAACAAAGGUAUUAUUGUGAACGCUGGUGCAAUACGAGAUAUAGUAAAUGUCUUGAAGAAUGGUAGCAUGGAGGCAAGAGAAAAUGCUGCUGCUACACUAUUCAGCUUGUCGGUUGUGGAUGAGAACAAAGUGGCAAUAGGAUCAGCCGGGGCAAUCCCGGCUCUGAUUGAUUUACUUAUCCAGGGUACUCCAAGAGGAAAGAAAGAUGCCGCUACUGCAAUUUUCAACCUUUCGAUUUACCAAGGCAACAAGGUGCGGGCCGUGAGGGCAGGAAUCGUGGACCCUCUAAUGAGAUUUAUCAUGGAAGUUGAUAGUGGAAUGUUUGAUGAGGCACUAGCAAUACUAGCAGUGCUUGCAAGCCAUCCGGAGGGAAAAGUCUCGAUUGGAAAGGCCGAGCCAAUACCUCAGUUGCUCGAGUUAAUAAGAACCGGAUCUCUUCGUAACAGAGAGAAUGCGGCUGCUAUACUUUGGUCGCUGUGUAUGGGUGAUCUCAAGCAUUUGAAACUUGCAAAGGAGCUGAAUGCCGAACAAGCACUGCGAGAACUCUCGGAGAAUGGCACUGAUAGAGCCAAAAAAAAAGCUUUGAGUCUGUUAGAGUUCCUACAACGAGUUGAAGAUGCUGCAGAUUAAGCAAAGAUUUGAACGAAAAAUGUUAUCGCUUUGUCUAGUUCUUCUUCCAUUUUCCCACUACUUUUCAAGCAUUUGCUCAUAGGUUUCACACAGAUUGCUCUUGGAGAUCUGGACAUAUGCAUAUUUGUAAAUAGUUUACAAGUAAUAUUUGUAUCUAGCCUUUACAUGCAGUAUAUUUCUUGAUUUGUAUAUUGUUUUAUCUUGCGAUAUGGUAUUAGUAUAUGACAGUAUCAAGAGACAUUUUUCAAUAUAUUCAAGGAGUGGUGCACUCGUUCGAGCGCCUCCAUGGUUUGUAUGA